AUGAGUGAUAUUCAAGACGUAUGGUGUGCUAAUUUUUCCAAAGUUGCAGAAUUGAAUGACAAGGCAAAGACAAAUCCUGUCAUGCUCAAAUCAUUUUUCGAAACUUACGUGAAUACCAAUAAUGAGGAUACUUUUGUCCAUAAAACUUUGCACGACAUAUUCAGAGAAAAUUUCCACGAUCCAAUGUUUGAGUUGAUAUGGGCGAACAGCGAGAGUUCUAGCAGUACUAGCGAUAAGGAAAAUUCUCGAGGUAAAAAUCCAGAUUUCAAAAUUUGGACCAAUACAAGAGAUGAGAAUCUUUUUGGUGAAGCUAAACCGAACGACUCAUUAUCUAUAUUGAUCAAUAAAGAUUUUGUUAAACUUUCCGAUUUCCAAGCAAAUCCCUUAGACGAAUAA